CCCAAUGAGCUUGCAAUCGCGUCGUGUCCUUUUUCAGCCAAAGCUCAGUUUCAAGAUUCAUGAUUCUCCCAAGCUCCCUUGUCAAUCCCUCGAGCCAUCACCAUCCAACAUUCGUCCCGAACGAUCCUCAAUUGUAUCCGUACUCACCCGCCCUCGACAGGUUGUCGCUCGCUUCCCACUCGCUGCGCUUCUAGCAGCUAUAUUGCAACUUCUUCAAACUUCUUAUCUUAGCUUUGCGACAACACCACAACUACCGCAAUCAUGCCUUUGAACGUUUUCCGAGUCGCUGCGGAUUUCUCGCAUCUCGGUUCCAUUUUCAUCUUGCUUCACAAGAUGGUGCAGCUUAACAGCUGCUCGGGUAUCUCCUUCAAGUCGCAGACACUCUACAUGCUUGUCUACAUCACCCGCUAUCUUGAUCUCUUCAAAACCGAUAGCAUCUACAACUUCAUCUUCAAGAUCAUGUUCCUUGGCUCCCAAGGUUACAUCAUCUACCUCAUGACCAACGCCUACAAGCCUACCAACGAUCCCAAUGUCGACACCUUCCGAGUACAGUACCUCCUCGCUGGAGCUGCUGUCCUCGCCAUCGUCUUCCCCUAUCACUACACCAUCUCCGAGAUUCUGUGGGCCUUCUCCAUCUGGCUCGAGUCUGUAGCUAUUCUUCCUCAGCUCUUCAUGCUCCAGCGCACCGGCGAGGCCGAGACCAUCACCACCCAUUAUCUCUUCGCUCUCGGCAGCUACCGCGCUCUGUACAUCCCCAACUGGAUCUACCGAUACUUCGCCGAGACUAACCACAAGGUCGACACCAUCGCUAUCGUUGCUGGUAUCGUCCAGACCGUUCUGUACAGCGACUUCUUCUACAUCUACUACACCAAGGUCAUGAAGGGCAAGAAGUUCAAGCUCCCCGUCUAAGCGAUCAACAAGACACAGAGAUACCUGUACGAAGAGAGUACCAAGCUCUCAAAACACGUCUUAUACGCUUUGACACUGUAACGAUGAAGUAGCCAAUAGGCAAGACAAGACAAGACCAUAGUUUUGGUCACGACAACUCCGGCUUCUGGAGAUGCAUGCACGGCGUUGGUUUGGGAGGUCAACAAAGGCGGUAAUUACAAUGGCGUCGCCGUUUGGCUUGGAGAUUUUGGGGAAAAGGGAUCUGUUGAUUUCACUGCUGUACCAAGUCAAAAUAGAGUGUAGUCUAUUUGCGUUGAAUGCUGUUAUUUCUGUCAUUUGUAAUGAGCUUAAGGCACUAUACACAAUGAGGAAUGAAAGGGGCAAAUGAAUAAUUAGGCAGGGAAAUACAACAUGAGAAACUGCGAAUGCCGGUUUAUGCUUAUUUGAUUGUGCCUGGUUGGCUUUCUUUAGUCCCUUUAAGCUUCUUG